UUUUUCUUGUUCUCCCUCCAUCUGCCUCCCACAAGCCAACGCCAAGCUCAUCUUCGCAGCUCGCUCUCUGCAACAACACCAUGAACGACGGUACAGUUCCUCCUUUCCUGCUCUUCACCCUCUCGUAGAAGAUUCCACCGCGAAGAGAGCGCAAAAAACGCCGCGCGAAGCCCCCGAUCCGAUGGCGGCGACAUUAUGCGCCUCGCUCCUCCCUUCUUCCCAGCCGCUCGCUCCCUCCGUGCCGCCGUCCUUAUCCUCGCCCUCCGCUUCGCUCCACGCCGGCGGAAUCCUUCGCAUUCGGGGCGGCGGGAGCUUCUCGCCUUCUCUGCCGCUUCGAUCCUCGCGGCUCGCCUCGAAGGUCGGCGCGAGGCGUUUGCGGACGGCGAUUCGAGCCUCCGCCGACUAUUACGCCACUCUCGGGGUCCCCAAGUCCGCCAGCGGUAAGGAGAUUAAGGCUGCUUACCGGAAGUUAGCUCGCCAGUACCACCCCGAUGUCAACAAGCAGCCGGGAGCUACAGAGAAGUUUAAGGAAAUCAGUGCUGCAUACGAGGUGCUUUCCGACGAUAAAAAGAGGGCUUUGUAUGAUCAAUAUGGUGAAGCAGGAGUAAAGAGUACAGUGGGGGGCCCAUCAAAUGCUUAUACGACUAAUCCUUUCGAUCUAUUCGAAACAUUUUUUGGCCCAAGUAUGGGUGGUUUUGCGGGUAUGGACCCAACUGGAUUCAGAACAAGCCGACGUAGCACUGUUAUGAAGGGUGAAGAUCUACGGCAGGGGUAUAAAGUAAAUCUCUACAUAUUAACUCGUGUUUCCAAAGUUUUCAGUUAUGACAUGACUCUACAAUUUUCUGAGACCAUAUUCGGAGCGGAAAAAGAAUUCGAGCUCUCCCACUUGGAAACAUGUGAAGCUUGCUCUGGUACUGGAGCAAAGGUUGGUUCCAAGAAGAGGAUAUGCUCAACAUGUGGUGGCAGGGGCCAGGUUAUGCGAACAGAGCAGACUCCUUUUGGCAUGUUUUCCCAGGUGUCUGUUUGUCCCAACUGUGGUGGGGAUGGUGAAAUGAUUUCUGAAUAUUGUCGAAAAUGCUCUGGCGAAGGGCGUAUUCGGGUCAAAAAGGACAUGAAAGUGAAAAUUCCACCUGGAGUCAGCAAGGGUAGUAUCCUCAGAGUUGCUGGAGAAGGUGAUGCUGGACCAAGAGGGGGUCCUCCAGGUGAUCUUUUUGUAUAUCUUGAGGUUGAGGAGAUUCCAGAGAUUCAAAGAGAUGGAAUAAAUCUCAAUUCUACAGUAACCAUUAGCUAUCUAGAUGCUAUAUUGGGUGCGGUGGUGAAGGUUAAAACAGUUGAAGGAACUUCUGAACUACAGAUACCUCCAGGUGCACAACCAGGGGAUGUUCUGGUUCUUGCUAAAAAAGGUGCACCGAAAUUGAAUAGACCCUCAAUACGUGGUGACCACUUAUUUACAGUUAAGGUCACUAUUCCAAAGCGUGUGAGUUCAAGUGAACGGGAGUUACUUGAAGAGCUGGCUUCCUUGAGUAGCUCUACCACCAGUCGCUCAAGAACUCGCCCAAGAACACCACCACCUGCUCCAACUCCUGAGAAGCAGCAGGUCGAUUCUGAGAUGGAGAAAACUGAAGAUUCUGGAGAUGAAAAUGACUUGUGGACGAAGUUGAAAGAUUUGGCUGGGUCUGUUGUGAAUGGAGCUCUAAAAUGGAUGAAAGACAACCUGUAAUUUGAGGUAUAUCCCGUAUACUGAAGUCAAAGCUCACAUCCGUCCAUGCACAUUGUAGUUGCCCUGGAAUUUUGUCUGUCCCUCGAAAAAUUUGCUGGCAAAAGAUGGAGCUAUCAAUUGCUUUGGGCAUUCCAGUCUUCUCGGAGUUCUCCAGAAAAUCAAUCGAUACAGCCCCCGGUGGUUAUUCUUUGAUUUUUUUUUCUUUCAACUGUAAAUUUUAGCCAUUGAUCAGGUGAUAGCGGGGUUCAUCUGUGCAAUUACACAUUACUUUGUAAUUGUUACACGGGCUAUGAGAGUUAGGGCUUGAGAAAUGGGGUUCUCAUUUUAGGGAAGCACGUUGGCACAUGAAUUCCCCCCAAGUGCACGUAUGGAUUUGCAAAUAUGUGAGAUGUCGAUUUAGAACAUGAAAAAGCAAAUGACUUCC